UCCCCCGGCGCUACAGAGCAGGCGGGAAGGCGCAGCGAGGGCGGAUGGCGCUGGUGGAGGGUGUGCGGCCCCCCCAGGUGGGCUGGGACUGGGCCCCUUCCGGAGCCGCCGCCUGCGCCGGACCCGAUCACUAGACAGCUGUCGGCCUGCGGGCACCCGAGCUGGCCCUGCCCAGGCGGGCGCAGCCAGCCCAGUUCCUGCAGACCUACUCCGAGGAGGGCCGGGAUGGGGUGCGGAUCCAGCUGGCCCACGGCACCACCACCCUGGCCUUCAAAUUCCAGCAUGGGGUCGUCGUGGCCACCGACUCCCGGGCAUCGGCCGGCAGCUACAUUGCCGACCUGGCCUACAACAAGGUGAUCGAGAUCAACCCCUACCUGCUGGGCACGAUGUCGGGCAGCGCCGCCGACUGCCAGUACUGGGAGCGGCUCCUCGCCAAGCACUGCAGGCUCUACGCCCUGAGGAACAAGGAGCGGAUCAGUGUCUCGGCCGCCUCCAAGCUGCUGUCGAACAUGCUGUGCGAGUACCGGGGCAUGGGGCUGUCCGUGGGCAGCAUGAUCUGCGGCUGGGACAAGAAGGGCCCUGGGCUGUACUACGUGGACGAUAACGGGGCGCGUCUCUCCGGCCCCAUGUUCUCCACGGGCAGCGGGAAGCCCUACGCCUAUGGGGUGAUGGACAGCGGGUACCGGCCUGACCUCAGUGUGGCGGAGGCCUAUGACCUGGGGCGCCGCGCCAUCUCCUACGCCACCCACCGCGACGCCUACUCCGGGGGCUUCGUCAACAUGUAUCACAACUGAAGGAAGAUGGCUGGAUCCGGGUGGCCGGACG